CUGGACGCGGAAGUGGUGGUGGCUCCUGGAAGCGGGCGGAGGCGAUGACGGCGACUCCUGAGAUGCGGACGGAUCGCUGAGGGGAGGGUGGGAGGUGCAGAGAGGCCUCCGCCUGGUAGGACCCGCGCGAGGGGCAGGGAUGGCUGGGCCUCCCCUCUCCGCUUCCGCGAGCGCCCGGAGUGACGGCGACGGUGAUGGCGGCGGUUACUCGACAGCCCCAGUGAAGCUGCGCUCCGGGAGAUAACAUCCAGAAAAUGCCCAGAAGAAACUUCCUGCUGGAAAAACUGAAAAAGACGUAUUUGUAACACUGGAAUUUAUGGAUAAUUUGUCAAAAUGGCAGAAAGUAAUGAAAAUUAUAGUAAAAAUGUAGAUGUCAAGCCCAAAACCAGUCGGAGUAGAAGUGCUGACCGAAAGGAUGGCUAUGUGUGGAGUGGGAAAACGUUGUCUUGGUCAAAAAAGAGAGAGAGCUGCCCAGGUGCUGAGACGGUGAGCGCAGUGGAAAAAGCGGAAGUUUCAUUAAGGAGCCAAGAAAGGAAGCACAGCUGUUCAUCCCUCGGGUUGGAUCUAGAUCAUUCCUGUGGGCACAGAUUUUUAGGCCGCUCUCUUAAACAGAAACUGCAAGAUGCUGUGGGGCAGUGUUUUCCCAUUAAGAACUGUAGUGGUCGGCACUCUGCAGGGCUUCCCUCUAAAAGGAAAAUUCAUAUCAGUGAACUCAUGUUAGAUAAGUGUCCUUUCCCACCUCGAUCGGAUUUAGCCUUCAGGUGGCAUUUUAUUAAACGACACACUGCUCCUAUAAAUCCCAAACCAGACGAAUGGGUAGUAAGCACAGACGUGUCUCAGAGCCGACUGAGCGGUGGGGAGCUAACACCCAGAGGAGACACGGACGAGGACGCAGACUGUUUCUCGCAGACCAGCGUUCAGCCCUGUGUGGCAGCCCCCAACACUGCCCCAUGUGGGGGUCCCCCGCCUGGCGCUGUGAUGAACCUGGUUUCAAAUAACAGUGUAGAAGACAGUGAUAUGGAUUCAGAUGAUGAAAUCAUAACACUUUGCACAAGUUCCAGGAAAAGAAACAAACCCAAAUGGGAACUAGAUGAUGAAAUCCUGCAGUUGGAAACACCUCCUAAGUACCACACCCAGAUUGAUUACGUCCACUGUCUUGUUCCAGACCUCCUUCAGAUCAAUAACAAUCCCUGUUACUGGGGAGUUAUGGAUAAAUACGCCGCUGAAGCACUGCUGGAAGGAAAACCAGAGGGCACCUUUUUACUGAGAGACUCAGCACAGGAAGACUAUCUGUUCUCCGUUAGUUUUAGACGCUAUAGUCGUUCCCUUCAUGCUAGAAUUGAACAGUGGAAUCACAACUUUAGCUUUGAUGCACACGAUCCUUGUGUCUUUCAUUCUCCUGAUAUUACUGGGCUCCUAGAACAUUAUAAGGACCCAAGCGCCUGUAUGUUCUUUGAGCCACUUCUGUCUACCCCAUUAAUCCGGACUUUCCCCUUUUCCCUGCAGCAUAUAUGCAGAACAGUUAUCUGUAACUGUACAACUUACGAUGGCAUCGAGGCCCUUCCAAUUCCUUCUUCUAUGAAGUUAUAUCUGAAGGAAUAUCACUAUAAAUCAAAAGUUAGAGUACUCAGGAUUGACGCACCAGAACAACAAUGCUAGGAUAAGAUAAGGGAAGGGACGUGGCAAUGAUUGUAUACAUGUUUUCAUUUAAGAUUUUUUUAUUAUACCACUUUUAAUUUUUCUACAAAGGCAGUGGAGUCUAAAAUCUCUGCCCUAAAUUUUACUUCAAGAUCAGGUUUUAUUUUGUUUUUUUUUUUAUGAUAUACUGAUUGUUUAAAGUUACACAGUAGAGAUUAAUAAUUAUUUUUAACCAGGUAUUUGGUUUUUGUUUUUACG